UCUGAAAAGCUCCACCCGGAAGUAGUCGAUACAACGCAAGUAGCAUGAGCUAACGUUACAGCUUGCUCGUUUGACAACAUCCUCUGUCUUAUCUGUCAGAGCCCAAACAUGUAAGGGUAAAUUUCGUUGCGAUAACUGAGUCCACCGCAGACUGUUUGCUGAAGGCAGUGAAAUGGUUGCAGCGAGUCCGACAUAAGAGGAAAAAAAAAAAAAAACGGAAACGGCUAAUUUGCUAACAGGCAUAUUCAUGUGCGUUUUGGGUUUUUUAGCGUCGUAUCGCUAGUUUGUCGCCAGUAUGGACCUGUAGCUAAAGUAGACUUUUCUUUCGUACGAUUUCUGUUCGUUUAUUUUCGCGACUUGGUGUUUAAUUUGGGCUCCAAAAUAAGGAAGUGAGCUCGCACACCCUGCAGGCCUUCAUGUGUGUUUUGUUUUCUGCUUUGAAACAUCGUUGAAAGUCUGUGUGAGGGGGGAGAGAGAGAAAGUCCCUUUUAGCUCGCUAACAAGUCAGCAGCAGCAACUUUGAUGAGAUAAGAGUUGCCGCAACCCGGCCGUUAUAAUGAGUUUCUUCAGUUUUGGACAAAGCGCAGAAAUCGAUGUUGUCCUCAACGACGCCGAAACGAGGAAGAAGGUUGAACACAAGACCGAAGAUGGGAAGAAAGACAAAUACUUCCUUUUCUACGACGGCGAGACGGUCAGCGGGAAGGUGAACGUGACGCUGAAGAACCCCGGGAAGAGGCUGGAGCAUCACGGCAUCAAGAUCGAGUUUGUCGGCCAAAUAGAGCUGUAUUACGACAGAGGAAACCAUCAUGAAUUUGUUUCCUUGGUGAAGGAUCUCGCAAGACCCGGUGAAAUAACCCAGUCGCAGACCUUUGACUUUGAGUUCACGCACGUUGAGAAGCCCUACGAGUCGUACACAGGCCAGAAUGUCAAGCUACGGUACUUCCUGCGCGCCACGGUGAUAAGAAGAUUAAAUGACAUAAGUAAAGAGAUGGACAUCGUGGUCCACACACUGAGCACCUACCCUGAACUCAACUCCUCCAUCAAGAUGGAAGUUGGAAUCGAGGAUUGCCUUCAUAUUGAGUUUGAGUACAACAAAUCCAAAUACCAUCUGAAGGAUGUGAUUGUGGGGAAAAUCUAUUUCCUGCUGGUGAGGAUUAAAAUCAAGCACAUGGAGAUCGACAUCAUCAAACGCGAGACGACUGGCACCGGCCCGAGCGUCUACCACGAAAACGACACUAUCGCAAAGUACGAGAUCAUGGACGGAGCGCCUGUUAGAGGGGAAUCUAUUCCUAUCCGAUUAUUUCUGGCCGGUUACGAUCUGACUCCGACCAUGCGAGACAUCAACAAGAAGUUCUCUGUGCGCUACUACCUGAAUUUGGUAUUGAUAGACGAGGAGGAGAGACGCUACUUCAAACAACAGGAAAUCACACUGUGGAGGAAAGGAGACGUGGUGAGGAAAAGCAUGUCCCACCAGGCCGCCAUCGCCUCGCAGAGGUUCGAGGGUUCGGCCGCGUCGGAGAGCGCCCUGGAACAGGCCGCCAAGGAGGAGAGCGGGUAGAGCCGCCGCCGCCCUCCUGGCGCGGCUCGCCCGGCAUCUGCACCGGGGCGGAUGAUUACCUGACAACUGUGCAAACAUCUGGCGAGGCAGCUGUCUCACCCGUAGCCGUGCUGGUAAAGCAAAGUAAUAAGGGAGGAAAAACAAAAAAAAAAAAAAACCCCGUGCACACUAAUACCGUGCGUGAACUAUAAAACAGUUUGCAUGAGGCGUUCAGGGUGGCUCCAGGCUCCUUCCUCACACGUGCUUUUUAUUAUUUUCUGUACAGGAAUCAAACUAAUCACCUGUCGCAGUGUCUGCUGUGUAAGAUCACACACACACACAAAAAAAAAAAAGAUUUCAUUUUUACGCCUUGUUCAUUAUGCUCUAAUACUUUUUGGAUACAUUGUUUUUUUUCCCCUUUGCUUUAAAGUGAAUUUUCAACCAAGCGAAUCUCUGACAUUCCAUGUCGAAUGAAUGAAUUCCCGUAAGGUCUAAAAACGAAAACGACGACAAAAAAAAAAAA